AUGACGCCCCCGCCCCCGCCAGUGACGCCGCCCCCGCCCUCGCAAAUGGAGACGCCGCCCCCGAGCCCGUUGAUGAUGCUAGUGCCCGCUCGGGAAUUAAAUCUUAACCUGAGCGGUGCCGCCAUGCCGACCUGGCACAUCGACGGGCAAUGGGGCAUCUGGACAAGCUCGGAAAGGCAAUGCCCCUAUUGCUUUAGGGAAUUCAGGGGCAUGAGGGCCCAAAGAACACAUUUUGAGGGGUGCCUCAAUGAGGGCAAGGGUGCCCCCACCCCCGCAAGGGAUGGCGCCCAGUGCCCGGCCACAGCAACGGAGUGCGCCCCGGCCUCGGCCCCCGCAAGGGAUGGCGCCCAGUGCCCGGCCACAGCAACGGAGUGCGCCCCGGCCCCGGCCACAGCAACGGAUGGCGCCCAGUCCCCCACCCCCGCAAGGGAUGGCGCCCAGUCCCCCACCCUCGCAAGGGAUGGCGCCCAGUGUCCGGCCACUGCAACGGAGUGCGCCCCGGCCCCGGCCACAGCCCCGGCCCCGGCCCCGGCCACUGCAACGGAGUGCGCCCCGGCCCCGGCCACAGCCCCGGCCCCGGCCCCGGCCACUGCAACGGAGUGCGCCCAGUCCCCCACCCAGGAUGGCGCCCAGUCCCCCACCCUCGCAAGGGAUGGCGCCCCACCCCGGACCCCGCAAGGGAUGGCGCCCCGGCCUCGGCCCCCGCAAGGGAUGGCGCCCAGUCCCCGGACCCCGCAAGGGAUGGCGCCCAGUGCCCGGCCAGUGACGACGCCACCGCCAGUGAUGACGCCACCGCCAACGCAACCUGCGACACCGCCGCCGCCCCCGAGCCGGCCAGUGGCAAUGCUAGUGCCCGCUAGGGAGCUCACUCUUGAUCUGAGACAUGCCGCACGCCAACCUGGCACAUAG